UUUUUUAUUUUUGAAAACACUCUCUCUCUCUCUCACGCACACAGAGCAGCAUUGAGUGAGUCUACCGGCGACGAAAGAACAAUGCGGAGGAGAGUGGUUUCGUCGCAGCAGCUCCAAUAUGUGCAAAGACUCCACAAAUGGGGCGCAGCAUUUCGGUCCCUCAACUCUUCUCCCUCUCCCUCCACUACGCCGUCGUUUCAGCAAACCACUACCCUCUUCUCCCAUUCCGAGUUUCUAUCAAAGAACAAGAGAGUUGAAGACUUAAUGCCAAUUGCCACUGGGCAUGAGCGUGAAGAACUUGAGGCUGAGCUUCAGGGGAGAGAUAUUUUGGAGAUGGAUUAUCCAGUUGGACCAUUUGGUACCAAGGAAGCACCUGCAGUUGUUAAGUCUGUCUAUGACAAAAGAAUAGUUGGAUGCCCUGGUGCUGAAGGAGAAGAUGAGCAUGAUGUGGUCUGGUUUUGGUUGGAAAAAGGCAAGCCUCACGAGUGCCCUGUCUGUUCUCAAUACUUCAAGCUAGAUGUUGUUGGGCUUGGAGGGCCUCCCGAUGGGCAUGGAGAUGAUCACUAAGUUGAGUUAUAGGUUUUGGCAUUAGAAAUAAACUCAUUUGAGGAUGAGGAGAAUAUUGACGGCUGGAAAACACAGACUGUUUCAUACUUAAUGAAGAGGUCAAACUUGAAACUUUAGCUAGUGAACCUCAGUAAAUUUACAUUGAUUUUUUGCUUCCAUGGACUAGUCAUACCAGAGGCUGGAUUUUCUUUUAACCUGUCCAAAUUAUUCUUAAAUAAUGAUUGGCUAUUUUUUGUGCCAACUUCAAAUGUUUUACUAGUUCACUACUGCUGUACCUUCUUUACUUACAUUUGAUUAUAUAUUUGAUUCAUGGUUGUGAUAA